AUGUCCAUCCCCAGCCAGACGCGGCCCCUGGACUCCCAGCCUCUCCUUGCCUCACCCUGGACCCAUCGUCAGUGCUUCCCCCAUGGGAUCUGUCCCGAGGCCUGCAGACUCCACUCCCAAACAGCUGGGAGCCAGCCAGUGCCCUCCCCACCCCCCACGCCCCCAGCCCAGCCCCUGACCCAGCACGCCUGCCACUGCCUGCCCACUGCUUUCCAGGCAGCAUCCUGGGGCCACAGCGAGGAGCCAGGGGAGGGGGCGAGCAGCGGAGGGCGCCUGCCUGCUGCGUCCCUGCUUGGGCGGGGGAUGAGGGGUCACCGGCACGCGGACGGUCGGACACCAGGCCGCAGUUCUGGGGGGCCGCGGCGCGUGCGGAGCAGUCCCCUGCCGCAGAUCGGCGCCCAGGCGCGCAACGGCCGCGCGGGGGCGCACGGCGCCGCCGCCCCUCUGGACCCCGGCCGGGGCGCGCCCUGGGAGGCCGGGUGGGAGGGGCCGCCCCGGGCUCCCCCCGCCCCUCCUCGCGGGCCCCGCCGCUUCCGCUCGCCCACGGGCCGCCCGGGGAGCCUGGACGCGCCGCCUGGGCUCUACGUAGCCGCCGCCUCCCUCUUCCCUGCGUCAUCCUCAUUGGCGGCCCCUUUCCCUCUGCAGGCGGCUCUGGGACUCCAUCCCACACCCUCUUCACAUGAGGCCAUGAGGCACUCACUGGACCAGGGCCAGGUCACCCUGCCCCCUCCCGCCCCCCAUCCAGGAGCUCCUGGCUGCUGCAGGUCCCAUAGAAUCCUGGACUGUGCCCAGCUGGUCCCCACUGCACAGAUGGGGAAACUAAGGCGGAGGGAAGAGGAGCGCCUGGCCCCUGGCCACACCGGAAGACCCCGCCCCCUCCGGAACCUCCUGCUCCUGCUGUGGACCCUCAUGAACUGUGGUUUGGGGGUCAACGCUCAGGGUCCGGGUGAGUGGACUCCAUGGGGUUCCUGGAGCCGCUGUUCUAGCUCUUGCGGGCGAGGGCUCUCCGUGCGCAGGCGGCAAUGCGUCCGGUUUCCCAGGGAAGAGCUGUGCUGGGGGGACACCCACGAGUACCGCCUCUGCCAGCUGCCCGAGUGUCCCCCAGGGGCCGUGCCCUUCCGAGACCUCCAAUGCGCCCUCUACAAUGGCCACCCUGUCCUGGGCACCCAGAAGACCUACCAAUGGGUGCCCUUCUAUGGUGCACCCAACCAGUGCGACCUCAACUGCCUGGCGGAGGGACACGACUUCUAUCACAGCUUCGGCCGCGUGCUGGACGGUACCCCCUGCAGGCCGGGCACCCAGGGACUCUGCGUGGCUGGCCGCUGCCUCAGCGCCGGCUGUGACGGUUUGCUGGGUUCGGAUGCCCGCGAAGACCGCUGCGGCCGCUGCGGCGGCGCCAACGACUCGUGCCUCUUUGUGCAGCGCGUGUUCCGGGAUGCCGGUGCCUUCGCUGGGUACUGGAACGUGACCCUGAUCCCUGAGGGCGCCAGGCACAUCCGCGCCGCCCACCGGAGCCGGAACCACCUGGCGCUGAUGGGGGGCGACGGGCGCUACGUGUUCAACGGGAACUGGGCGGUCAGCCCUCCCGGGACCUACGAGGCAGCGGGCACCCGCGUGGUCUACACCCGCGUCACAGGGUCAGAGGAGACGCUGCGCGCCGCCGGGCCCACCUCCGAAGACCUGCUCCUGCAGGUCCUCCUGCAGGAGCCCAACCCCGGCGUUGAGUUCGAGUUCUGGCUCCCCCGGGAGCGCUAUGGCCCCUUCCAGGCGGAGGCUCAGGCCCAGGGUUGGUCCCUGCGGCAGCCGCAGCCUCGGGAGGUAGAUCCUCAGUCCCCUGAGUCUCCCGCUGCCCCCACUGUUAUCCCCCCACGGACCCCAGGCCCCACCCCAGACCCCUGCCCACCCUGCCCUGACACCCGCGGUCGUGCCCACCGGCUGCUCCACUAUUGCGGCAGCGACUUUGUGUUCCGGGCCCGCGUGCUGGGCCGCGUCCGGCAGGCCCAGGAGACCCGAUAUGAGGUGCACGUGCAGCUCAUCUACAAGAACCGCUCGCCACUGCGGGCCCUCGAGUAUGUGUGGGCGCCGAGCCACUGCCCCUGCCCACCGCUGGCCCUCCAUCGGGACUACCUGCUGGCGGCCCGGCGCCUCAUCAGCCCCGAUGGCACUCAGGACUGGCUGCUGCUCCCCCAUGCUGGCUACGCCCGGCCCUGGAGCCCCGCCGAGGACAGCCGCGUGCGCCUGGCCGCCAGACACUGCCCCCUCUGAGCCCCUGGACCAGACCUCGGCCACACACGG